AUGGCUGACCGAGUUUUCAGUAGUAUGGGUUCUAGCAAAAAUGUUGCAUCGUGGAGUUGUAUGGUCUCGGGUUAUGCUAAGUGCGGGAAGAUUGAGAAUGCUCGUAUGGUCUUUGAUGAGAUGCCCAAAAAGGAUUUGAUCUCUUGGACUUCGAUGAUCAGCGGGUAUUCUCAAAAUGGAAGAUAUAAGGAGGCAGUGGAGCUAUAUGAAGAAAUGGGGAAGCAAGGAGUAAAGCCUGAUGAGGUUACUUUGGUUGCUGUUCUUUCGGCAUGUGCACAUUUGGGUUAUCUUGAUUUCGGCAAAAGAAUUCAUCUUUAUAUAGAAAGUGAUUCUAUCGGGCGUAAUAACUCCAGGCUUUGCACUGCAGUUGUUGAUAUGUAUGCCAAGUGUGGUCACAUAAUGACUAUCAUGUGA